AUGGCUAAUCUGGCUGUGCUACUUUACUUCAAUGGCCGAUGGGAUUCUAACAACAAAUAUAUUAAUUACUUAGCAGAUGGUGUGUUGAUAAAUAUCGAUUCAACAUUUGCUAGCCUCGUUUCUGUGAUUGCUGGUCAAUUGUCAAUAGAUACAUCAACAAGUAAAGUUGAAAUCAGAUAUAAGAUUGAUGAAAGCUAUUCAAUACAAUGCCUUGGAGAAAACUGUAGUUGGAAUUUACGCGCUUCAAGCGUGAAUAAAUCUCAAAUGUUCGCUAUUAGAGAUUUUGAAAGCGAACACACGUGUUUGUUGCUACAUAAUUCAUUAUCGGAAAGACAAGCAACAAAGACAGUUGUUGGGAGUAUUAUUGUUGCCAAAUGUAUUGAUCCAGAUGCCAACUACACACCAAGAGAUAUACAAAAUGACAUGUUACAGGAAUAUGGUGUGCGGCUCACAUAUAUGCAAGCUUGGAGAGAUAAAGAAAAAGCUCUUGAAUUAGUCCGAGAUGAUCCAGCUCAAUCAUAUGCAAAGUUGCCAAGUUACUUUCGCAUACUAGAGGCAACUUACCCUGGUUCUUAUAUAAGAUUGCACAAAUCAGAGGAUGACCAUUUCCUAUAUGCAUUUGUAGCUCUGUUUACAUCGAUAAAAGGAUGGGAGUAUUGUAGACCAAUUGUAGUUGUUGAUGGAACUUUUCUAAAAGGAGUAUACAAAGGGACAAUGCUAACAGCUAAUACCUUAGAUGCAGUAGGGAGUAUACUGCCUCUUGCUUAUGCCAUUGUUGAUUCAGAGAAUGAUGCAUCUUGGAGGUGGUUUUUUGAACAAUUCAAAAAGGCAUUUGGUCAAAGAUCAGAGAUGUGUAUCAUUUCGGAUAGGCAUGCAAGCAUUAUUAAGGCAACUUCAACUGUCUAUAAUGAAAUACCUCAUUUCGCGUGUAUAUGGCACUUGUUGCAAAACAUAAUGAAAAACUUCAGAAAGAGUCAGCAAAAGGUAACAGAAUUGUUCUACUCUAUGGCAAAAACAUACACCACGGUAGAGUUUAAUCAAUAUAUGGAAAUUAUUGAGAAGAUAAACAAGAGAAUUAAAUACUACUUGCUGAACAUUGGAUACAAUAAAUGGUCACGUGUUCAUGCUCAGGUUAGGGAGACAAAUGAAUAUGUGUACACAGUACUUGAUGGCAUUACACCAUUCACACUGCUUGGAAGCUCCUCUGAUGGUGCCUUGCAUAUUAGAGUGUUCCAGCCAGUAGUGUAG